AAAGAGUGACAUACAUACACAAACACACACACACACAGGGACAGUGAGACGUCGAAGCAGCAAAGCAGCAAGAGAAGGAACCAAAAAUGUCGCUCGGCUAUCUGAAGACGGUCACUGCUGCUGACCUGUUUACCACCCAAGAUAAUUCCACACUGGCUUUGCCUCCAGACGAGCAGAUCAGCACCUUGUCCAGAGUGGCAAGUGAGAGAAGAGUCAACCAUCAAGUCCGUUUGGCAUUGUUGCAGAAGCUGAAACAUGCAGGUGGAACUCUUAAAACUGAAACCAAUAGCAGCCACCUGACUGCAAUCCAUGGAGGCAUGCCUAGCCAUGCAGCAACGCUUCCACAUAUGAACACACACAUUCGUGGCAAUGAUCAGCAGCACUGGAAUACGAUCAAUGGAAUGGCUGGUCUGGAUAAUGAAUUUAAUCACAUGAUAAUCACAAAAGACAUCAAGGAUCGACAUCAAUUCAGCUCAUUCAGCAGCAGAGGUUACCGAACCUUGUCCCAGCGUAAGCACUCGGGCCGGAGAAGCAUGUAUAGUGACAAUGGGGCCAAUUACAAACGCUUACCAGCUAGCCGAAGCGAACCAGAUCUGCUCAUUGCCCAGGGCUCAGGCACAAUCAGGAAAAUGGAUAGCAAACGAAAAAGCCAGAAAUAUAUAGCAGGUCAAAAGCCUGUCCAGUCCUAUCGCUCGCUUUCAGGUCGUACAUCGUCUCAUCGCUUUGAUCAACAUGGGAAAAUGUCAGCGCAGACACAUUUUCAAGAAGUUCCUGGGGACAUGAACCUAAAGAAAGCUGUGUUCUUCUUAACCAGCAAUAACCCUGUCAUUCUGGCCUAUUCUGCCGCUUACAUUCAGCAUGAGUGCUUCACUAAAGAAUCUGCCAAGCUGGAGGUUAAUAGGUAUGAGGGAAUCCCUCGUUUAAUCAACUUGCUGAAGAUCCCAAAUGCCAACAUCCAGCAAGCUGUCUGUGGAGCCCUUCGCAACACCGUCUUCAAGAACAAUACCAACAAGCUGGAGUUCGUAAGGCAUGGUGGCAUUGCCGAGGUUCUUCAUUUGCUUCAGGAGACAAAUGAUACGGAGAUACGAGACCAAAUAACAGGUCUGCUAUGGAACCUUUCAUCCAGUGAAGACCUGAAGGAAUCCUUAAUUAGUACUGUCCCAAUCCUGAAUAAAUGCGUGAUUAUUCCGUAUGUUUCUAAGUCCCCAAACUCAAAGGACUACGAGGCUUUUCACAAUGCCACAGGUUGUCUAAGGAACCUGAGCUGUGCUGGUUUGGAGGGACGCAACAAGAUGCGAAAUACCCCUGAUUUUAUUGACUCUAUUAUGCAUUAUGUAGAAACCUGUGUUUCUACAAACAAAGUUGAUGAAAAGCCUGUGGAACACUGUGUCUGCAUCCUGCAUAACCUAUCCUAUCAACUUGACAAAGAAGUGCCAGAAGCAGUCAAUUCCAUUGUGAGGAAUGGAAGUCCGCAGCACUCAAAGAAGCUCUCCUCCUCCGCUUCCCCCUCCUGCUUCAAACCUGGCAAUGAUGAAUCAGACAAUAUCAUCAUGCCUUUCAUUCAAGAGAAUGAUAAUCCUAAAGGUGUUGAGAAGCUACUGCAUUCAAAGUCUCUUAAGAUGUACACGGACUUGAUGUCGAAAUCCACAUCGGAUUCCACUGUGGAAGCUUCUGCUGGAGCUCUGCUGAACCUGACUGCGAACAGUGAAAAGACAUCGCAGUGGAUGAGUUCGGAAUUGGUGAAUAAAGCUGGUGGGCUUCCUCAGAUAGUAAAGCUUCUCAGCUCAAAGAACUCAGGCAUGCAGAAGACUGCUGUUUCAUUGCUGUCCAACCUGUCGAGGCACAAAAAUCUUCAAUCGCAACUGGCCUCUCAGGCGCUGCCCACCUUGACUCGCCUGCUCUCCAGUUCAGGCAGCAGCUCUACAGCCGCGGACAGCACACUCUCCUCUGCCUGCAACAUCGUAAGAAACGUCGUGCUGAGCAAUCCCAAGAUGGCAAAACCCUUACUCCAGGGCGGCUUGUUAAAGAGUCUGAUAGCCAUCAGUACCUCUGGCAACUCUCCCUUAGCUAAGAAAACCGCAGGCAACUUCCUAUCUGACAUGUGGCAAACAAAAGAAUUGCAGAGUCUUUUGAAAAGGGAAGGAUUCGGUAAGAAGGAUUUUCUAAAUGGCUUGACGAAAACUGUCAGCGAGAAAAUGAUUAGCAGCAGCUUAUUCAGCUAAGAUGUUUCUCAUUUUAUAGAGUUUAAAGGUAAUAGCACAGAUUAUUAUCCUGCUUUUAGCUAGACCAAUGAAUUGAAACUAUCGCCAAGAUAUCUACCAUCUCAUACAGAACUAUUAUCUUUACAUGUUCUCUGUUUGGGGAAUUGUGAGUGAAUGAUUGUUGAGUUUAGUGACUUAGUUUCAUUGCUGCAGUGAAUGUAUGUUGAAACCAAAGUACAACAAUUCUGGGGAAUGUUCAAACUGAAUCUGGGAAUGCAAAUUCCACCUGGAAUUUGUCUGGAUUUACUCUACUUACAUAGCAUCUCAGACAAUUUGACAAAUCCGAAAAUAGUCUUUAAUUUUCAAGCCCGUUUUAUUUUCAAACUAUUACUUACUUGCAACAUGAAAGUGUAAUUUAAACAAUUUAAUUUCUUCCCCCCCCCCACCUCCCCAGAUUGUUGUCAUUUUAAUUAUCCUUGUACAAAACCUACAGCAACCCAGCUUCUGCUCUCACAGUGAACAACAGUAAUAUCUGUCUGCAGCUUUAGACGUGAAUAAAUGUGAUGCCGUGCGCACUGGGGCUUUUUUUUAGAGGGAGAUAAAGCUUGAGACUUAAUUUUGCUCAUGACUGUACAGAACACAAUCUUCUAGUGAUCUAUCUUUUAUCAAUCAUUAACAUUGGUGAUCUUUCUCUUUCCUUGUUUAUGAUGGGAAAUCUAUUGUGAACACAGGACGAAAAGACCACUGGUGUUGAUGAUCGGUCCUGUUAGGCCUUAUAACUCGGAAUCCACCUCAGGUAGAUUGGUCGUAUAUAAUGGCAAAAUCCUCCUACUUCUCCCUGAACUUUGGAAAUUUGCGUGCAAAAUUAUUAGUCACGUCGAAAGGAAUGUGACAAGGAGCUAAAUUAGCCAGCAGCAAGGGAGUGGUACUCUAGGAAUUGUGUUGGGUGUCAAAGUCAACAUUUUGAUCAGAUAUGUAAAAGACUAAAAUUUAGUGAUAUUCAGACACAAUAUUAAAACACCAAACCUUGGAAUAGUUUCUGCUGUACCAUCGGCUGGAUGUGAAAGAGAUAAUAUUUUUGGUGGUUUCAGAAAAAAACUGCAGUCCAUUAAAUUGAGUAGCUUAUUUUCCACAAAGGAAUCAUUGUAUUGUUGGACAAUUAACUAACUAUUUUCCCCAGUAGGGGAAUCCAGAACAAGGGGGCAUCAUCUUAAAAUUAGAAC